AUGCUGCACCUUGUAGGCCUGGGCCUCGCCGAUGAGAAGGACAUUACUGUCCGCGGACUGGAGAUUGUGAAGAAGGCGGAGCGGGUCUAUCUGGAGGCCUAUACGGCCAUUCUGCUGGUGGACAAGGCGAAGCUUGAAGAGUUCUAUGGCCGUCCCGUCAUCGAAGCCGACCGCGAGCUCGUCGAGAGCGGCAGCGAUGACAUUCUCGCUGGCGCCGAUAAGGCGGACAUUGCUUUUCUCGUUGUUGGAGAUCCAUUCGGCGCAACAACCCACACCGACCUUGUUCUCCGCGCCCGCGAACUCGGCAUCCAGACAAACGUCGUCCCCAACGCCUCCAUCAUGUCCGGAAUCGGCUGCACCGGUCUGCAGCUCUACAACUUCGGUCAAACAGUCAGCAUGGUCUUCUUCACUGAGAACUGGAAGCCCUCGUCCUUCUAUGACAAGGUCCGCGAGAACGUCCAGAUCGGUCUGCACACGCUCGUCUUGCUCGAUAUCAAGGUGAAGGAACAAUCAAUGGAGAACCUGGCUCGCGGCCGCCGCAUCUUCGAGCCCCCGCGCUACAUGACCGUUGCGCAGUGUGCGUCGCAGCUUCUUGAGACCGAGGAGACGAGGCAGGAGGGUGUUUACAAGCCGGAUAGUCUUGCGGUUGGUGCGGCGCGCGUUGGUGCCCCCGAUCAGAAGCUUGUUGUUGGUACAUUGGAGGAAUUGAGUACAGUUGAGAUGGGCGCGCCGCUGCACAGUCUUGUUCUUCUGGGUCGGAGGACGCAUGAUCUUGAGCGGGAUUAUAUUCGGCAGUUUGCUGUUGAUGGGAAGACUUUUGAUGCUAGUUAUCAGAAGUACUAUGGGGCUUCUUCAUGA